AUGGGUAUUAAAGGUUUGAACGCUAUCAUAUCAGAACAUGUACCUUCAGCUGUUCGUAAAAGUGAUAUUAAAACUUUCUUUGGUAGAAAAGUUGCAAUUGAUGCUUCAAUGUCAUUGUAUCAAUUUUUGAUUGCCGUAAGACAACAAGAUGGUGGCCAGCUAACAAAUGAAGCCGGUGAAACUACUUCCCAUCUUAUGGGUAUGUUUUAUCGUACUUUAAGGAUGAUCGAUAAUGGUAUUAAACCUUGUUAUGUCUUUGAUGGUAAACCACCUGUACUAAAAUCUCAUGAAUUAUCAAAAAGAACUGCAAGAAGAGAAGAAACUGAAAAAAAAUUACAAGAAGCUACUGAUCAAGCUGAAAAAAUGAAACAAGAAAGAAGAUUAGUUAAAGUUUCAAAAGAACAUAACGAUGAGGCAAAACAAUUAUUAGAAUUAAUGGGUAUACCUUAUAUUACUGCCCCUUGUGAAGCAGAAUCUCAAUGUGCCGAAUUAGCCAAGUGUGGUAAAGUCUAUGCUGCUGCAAGUGAAGAUAUGGAUACUUUAUGUUAUAGAACUCCUUAUCUAUUGAGACAUUUAACUUUUUCUGAGGCUAAAAAGGAACCAAUCCAUGAAAUCGAUACAGAAUUAGUCUUGAAAGGUUUGGACUUAACUUUGGAACAAUUUGUAGACUUAGGUAUAAUGUUAGGUUGUGAUUACUGUGAUAGCAUCAAAGGUGUAGGUCCAGUCACUGCAUUGAAGCUAAUUAAAGAAUACGGUUCCCUUGAAAAAAUUAUCGAAUAUAUAGAAUCUGAUUCAUCAAAUUCAAAAUGGAAAAUUCCAAACGACUGGCCUUAUAAAGAUGCAAGAGAAUUAUUUUUAAAACCUGAUGUUAUUAAUGGCAACGAAGUUGAAUUAAAAUGGCAACCACCAAAUGAAAAGGGAUUAAUUGACUUCUUAUGUGGUGAAAAGAAAUUUAGUGAAGAAAGAGUAAAAUCUGGUAUCGAAAGACUGAAAAAGGGUCUAAAAUCUGGUGUUCAAGGUAGACUUGAUGGAUUCUUCCAGGUUGUACCAAAGACAAAAGAACAACUAGCGAAAGCUGCUGCAAAGGCAAAAGCUGCCAAAAAAUCAGGUAAGGUUACUAAAAAAAGAAGAUAA